AUGUCUACAGGGAAGAACAAGAUCAAGCUAUUUCAAGCUCAAGCGCAGAAUGCGAUCGCUCGAACUGUCACUGCAGCCUUUGCUUCUGACCCUCUGAUCCAAUGGCUUCGCCCGGGUGCGCAACUUGGGACGAACCCCAAUAUCCAGCGAUGGCAACAUCGGCGCGUACAGUCCAUCAUGACCAACGGAAUGGUUUUUCAAUCAUCUACUGUUAGCCAAAUGGCCCGCGAAAAUCCACGAAAGGAAGAAGCAAGAAAAUCGUCCCAGAGCUCUGAUAGUUCAUUCGGGAAGGUGGCUGAAGUGUCUUUGUAUGAGGACCAAGCUAAAUCUACAGGUGUUGAAGAUGCAGGUGCUGCCAUUUUCCUCUUUCCACCUCCACGAGAGGUUGUGUGGUCCAUCUCUCGUACAUUGUUGAAAUUGAAGAUUUGGCUGCUCGACAUUUUCGAUCCUCUUCAGGAUAUUGAUUGCAAAAUGGAGAGAGUCGAUCAAAUGAUGUCAGCUCACACAAAUUCUCUGAAAUCCCUGCAAAAAGAUUACAGACAGGGAUUAUGGUAUUUAGAAGUCGUCGCAGUUCAUCCCUGUUUGCAGUCAAGAGGGAUCGGCAGAGGAGUUAUGGAGUGGGUCUUGGAAUAUAAUCGGAACCAGCCUAUUUAUCUCGAAUGUACCCAAGAGCGGAACGUUGGCUUCUACGAAAGCUUUGGCUUCCGUGUUCUAGAAGAAGUGGUAUUGACGGAUGAAACUUCUGAUGACGAAAACGCGACAGUGAAGUAUUGGGCUAUGAUACGAACCGGUGAAGACAGUCUAAGAUAA